AAACACCUAGGCCGAAAUAAAGUGCGAAAACACGGAAUUUUCUUUUCUUCCUUUCCUCUUCCCCCCCGGCGCCGAACGGCAGGGCCGCACCUCGCCGCCCCCUCCCCCACCCGCCGCCCCUUCCCCCACCCGCCGCCCCUCCCGCAGCGCCCACCCCGUGCUCCCCGGGAUCCCCUCGCCUGCGCCGCCCCCUCCGGAGGGGAGGCUGGCGGUGGGCCCCGCCCCACAUGGCGACCGGCGGCGGCGGCGACGACGCGGGCGAGAAGCGCGUCACGGACCGCUACCUGAAGCGCGAGGUCCUCGGAGAGGGCACGUACGGAGUCGUCUUCAAGGCCAUCGACACCAAGACUGGGGAGACUGUUGCGAUCAAGAGAAUCCGCUUAGGGAAGUACAAGGAAGGUGUCAACUUCACUGCAUUGAGGGAAAUCAAGCUGCUUAAGGAGCUGAAAGAUCCUAAUAUUAUAGAGCUAAUUGAUGCUUUCCCUUACAAGGGAAACUUGCACCUUGUAUUUGAAUUUAUGGAAACAGACCUGGAAGCAGUCAUUCGUGACAGGAACAUUGUAUUAUCUCCAGCGGACAUAAAAUCUUAUAUUCAGAUGAUGCUGAAAGGUCUAGCCUUUUGCCAUAAGAAAUGGGUGUUGCACAGGGAUAUGAAACCAAAUAAUCUACUUAUCGGUGCUGAAGGACAGCUCAAGCUUGGUGACUUUGGUCUUGCACGCAUAUUCGGGAGCCCAGAACGGAACUUUACCCACCAGGUCUUUGCACGAUGGUAUCGAGCGCCGGAGUUACUGUUUGGCACUAAGCAGUAUGGAUCUGCCGUUGAUGUUUGGGCUGCUGGUUGUAUUUUUGCCGAGUUGCUGCUUAGACGACCAUUUCUCCAGGGUUCUAGCGAUAUUGAUCAACUCGGGAAGAUCUUUGCAGCGUUUGGAACUCCAAAGUCUUCUCAAUGGCCAGACAUGGUUUGCCUUCCAGAUUACGUUGAGUACCAAUUUGUCUCUGCUCCCCCGCUUCGUUCUUUGUUUCCAAUGGCCAGUGAUGAUGCUUUGGAUCUUCUGUCAAGAAUGUUUACAUAUGAUCCAAAAGCAAGAAUCACUGCUCAGCAGGCACUGGAACACAGGUACUUCUCAUCAGUACCAGCCCCAACAAAACCAAAUUUGCUCCCAAGGCCAAAGCUGAAAGGGGACCCAGGGAAUGACAAGAUACCUGAUCUGAAUCUGCACGGCGCCCCUGUCGUUGUGUCCCCGCCGAGGAAGUUGCGCAGAGUGUCUGCCCCUGAUGGGAUAGAAAGCAAUGCUUAUCGAGCAGAGAAAGCAGAAGAGCAUCCUACUACAGGCAUGAGGCGCAGCGAGGGCAUGUCCAGUCAGAGCUCUAGAAUACCAAUGUCAGUUGAUGUUGGAGUUGUGUUUGGCACGCGACCAGCUCCUAGACCAACAUUGAAUAGUGCCGACAAGUCGCGUCUAAAAAGGAAACUAGACAUGGAUCCUGAAUUUGAGUAUGCAGAGUAAAAGAAGUUUGCAUGCACCAUUUUUUUCCUCACUGUUGUGUCGAUAUUUUAUACAUGUUCUUUGAAGAGGCAGUUCCAGCAAAAAAGAAUAUGUCCAAAGCCGUAAAAGCUUCACUGAAGGUCGCCCAGAAAAUCAACUGUGCUGUCAUCGUAUAACUGCCCAGCCAAGCUCGUGGACAUGAUUGUGAAGAGACGUUGCUGAUUUUGAUUUGCAGCGAGAGACGUGCAAAGGUCAUUCCUAUAAUUAGCCGAUUUCCAUGAGGAAGGCCCCUCAAUCUGUAACCUUCAUUGGGUAUACAUGAGUUUGGCCCGGCGAGAACAUCAGCCUGUAAUCUUUAUCGGAUAUAAAUGAGUUUGCCUUGGUGAGAAAAUGUAUUUCCAUUUUUUUCUUGUGUGGACAUUGAGCUUUUGAGUGUUGUUUAGUCAGACAUGUUAGGUGCAGUAAUUCCUGUAACCAAGAGCAGGUUAUAAUAUUAUAUGUUGAUUCUUGUAAGACGAUGUAACAGUGAGUGCAUUGGUGAAAGAGCAGUGUUCGCAAAGGAAAAUGAAAGAAACUCGAGCGUUGAUUCCCGGA